UGACAGCUGUCAAUUUCAUUCUAAUCUCUGCAAAAAUCAAGAUUUAUUUCAUUUGAUUAUAAUAAAUUAUAAUUAAAAAUAAUAAUACAAUUUACAAAAUUCAAUCAAAAAUUGAAUUUGCAAUCAACUAAACAAUGUUUCAUCCAAUAGAUUAUGGUCUGGCGGAAGAUUUCCGCCUCACAAAUUUCUCAACAUUACGCGGCUGAGGCUGCAAACUUCCUCAAGAUGUUCUCUUAAAAUAUCUUGAGGAUUUACAAAUCUUAAAUACAUCUUCUAAUCAAAACAAUUCUAAAAACAAUGCUGAACAAAGUAUUGGUAGUGGUAUGGAUUGCGCUGUCAUUCCACUUUCUCGUCACAAAAACUUAUCCCUUGUCCAAACGGUUGACUUCUUCUAUCCUCUGGUUGACAAUCCCACAAUAAUGGGAAAAAUAGCUCUGGCCAAUGUUUUAAGUGAUGUCUAUGCUGUGGGUGUGACUUCAAUUGAUAAAUUAAGCUUGAUUCUUAGUUCUCCAACUGAAUUUACACCUGAACAGCGUGAUGUUAUUCUUCCCAUGAUAAUCGAAGGUUUUAAUGAAUCUGCUAAAAAAGCCGGCUGUCAAGUUGGCUUCCGAAAUAUUGCAGUAAACCAGUGGUGUAUGAUUGGAGGAAUAGCCAGUUCUGUUUGUAAAAACGAUGAAAUUAUCAUGCCAUCAAAUGCCAAGGCAGGUGAUGCAAUUGUUUUGACAAAACCUCUAGGAACACAAUUAGCUACAAACGCACAAAUCUGGUGGGGCGAAAAAGGUGAAAAGUACGAAAAACUAUCAAACUGUCUAACCGAGGUGGAUAUUUUUGAAACUUUUCAAAUAGCUAUUGAAUCUAUGACCCACCUUAAUAUGAACGGUGCCUUAUUAAUGCAUAAAUAUUCGGCUCAUGCUGCCACAGAUGUAACUGGAUUCGGUCUUCUCGGACAUGCCCUUAAUCUAGCUGAAUACCAAACAGAUUGUGUGGAAUUUAUUAUCAACAAACUUCCAAUCAUAAAAAACGUUCUUAAGAUUGGUGAACUUGUUGGACAGGAUACAAAAUUGAAAAGUGGCCGAGCAGUUGAGACUUCUGGGGGUUUGUUGAUUUGUUUGCCAGCUGAACAUGCACAACAUUUUUGUGAAGAAUAUUCUGCGAUGCAUGAUAAGAAGCAGGAAGCAUGGAUUAUUGGAUAUGUAAAUGCGGCCGGUAAGAGAAGCGCAUCUCUUGCCGAGCAUGUUGAUUUUAUUGAAGUUGAACUUUAACGAAGAUGUAUUUGAGAUUUUUUUUAUAAUUUUAAAGUUUAUAGUUUAAUAAGGACUAAAAUGUAUCCAACGUAUGACAAGUACGCCUUAAAGGUCGCAAGAUCAGGGUGUAUUUUGAAUUUUUUUU